AUGCACCCCCUCAAACUCCUCUCCCUCUUCCUCCCCCUAAUCUCCUGCGCCCCCGCCCCCCAAGGCGCCCAAGACGGGGCCCCCUCCAACACCACCAGCGGCGCCCCUCCCAAUGGGACCCCACCGAUCGGCCAAAACCAACCCAUCCCCUCAGGCAUCGCCCCAGUGACCCUGACGCUCGUCACCGACCCGGCGGUCCAACUCGUCGUCUCACCGAGCAGCGGCUCCACGCUGGACACGAGCCUCGUAAUCUCGGACCUAGCCAAGAUCAAAACCGCCAUAACCAUGACCCUGGCAUCGAACGCAUCCGCCGUGUACGUCCCCGGCCUCAACUCAAACUGGGAUCGGGCGUACGAGCAGUCAUACCAGGGCAUGGACACUUCCACUGCGGACGGGGGGCAGGGUGGGAGCGGCGGGUCUCCGAAACAGGCGAACGUGCAGCUCGGGCAGACAAUGGAUCAGUUCGCGCAGGUGCCCUUCACGUUCGAUGGGAUCAUGGGGAUUUGCGAUACGCUCACGUCGUGGCUGCAGGGCCAGAGUUCGCAGCCGCUUUAUGAGAGCGCGAUUAGUGUGCAGAGGGCGGGGACCGGGGUGCCGUUUGGGAUGGGGUGUUUUUGUCUUGAGAAGGAUGGGUGUCCUUAG